CAGCUGUGUCCAAUCAAAGCUGUUCACAUCACUGAUGAUCAGUGUGUCCUGAUAAUCUGUGUAGCCCCAGCAGCGCAACCUGUCAGUGUCCAUCAGUUCCAGCUGUCAGUGCUCAUCCAUGCCACCUGCCAUUGCCCAUCAGUGCCACAUUUCAGUGCCACAUCAAUGCCACAUAUCAGUGCCCAUCUGAGCUUCCUUUCAGUGCCACCUAUCAAUGGCAGUCAGUGCCACCUAUCAGUGCUGCCAAUCAGUGCCACCUAUCAGUGCCAGCCAGUGCCGCCUAUC